AUGAGAGAAGGCGGGCCCUUAGUUGGGAGGAGGCGGGUCAAGCGGAGCUGCCCUUCCUGCAGCCCAGAAACUGGGGGUGAAGAGAAGCGGGGGAGAGGGACCCCUAUUUCGGUCCAGUUGUUCCCCCCAGAGCUGGUGGAGCACAUCAUCUCCUUCCUGCCCGUCAGAGACGUGGUCGCGCUGGGACAGACGUGCCACUACUUCCACGAAGUGUGUGACACCGAAGGCGUGUGGAGGCGCAUCUGCCGCAAGCUCAGCCCCCGGCUCCGAGAGCAGGCGACAGGGCUGCGGCCUUGGAAGCGAGCAGCCAUUCUAAACUACACAAAGGGCCUGUACUUUCAGGCAUUUGGGGGCCGCCGGCGCUGUCUGAGCAAGAGUGUAGCCCCCCUGCUAGCCCAUGGCUACCGACGUUUCUUGCCUACCAAGGACCAUGUCUUCAUUCUUGACUAUGCCGGCACCCUCUUCUUCCUCAAGAACGCCCUGGUCUCUUCCACCCUGGGCCAGAUCCAGUGGAAGCGCGCCUGCCGCUAUGUGGUGCUAUGUCGUGGAGCCAAGGAUUUUGCCUCAGAUCCACGGUGUGACACUGUGUACCGAAAGUACCUCUACGUAUUGGCCACCCGGGAGCAAUCGGGAAUGGUAGGCGCGACCAGCAGCCGCCUGUGUGAUUGCGUGGAGGUUUAUCUGCAGUCGACUGGCCAGCGGGUCUUCAAGAUGACUUUUCACCACUCCAUGAGCUUCAAACAGAUCGUGCUGGUGGGGCAGGAGGCACAGCGGGCCCUGCUGCUCCUCACAGAGGAAGGGAAGAUCUACUCUCUGGUGGUGAAUGAGACACAGCUGGACCAGCCCCGCUCAUACACAGUGCAGCUGGCCCUGAGGAAGGUGUCACACUGCCUUCCUCAUCUCCGUGUGUCCUGUAUGGCCUCAAAUCAGAGCAGCACUUUGUACAUCACAGACCAGGGGGGAGUGUAUUUUGAGGUGCAUACCCCAGGGGUAUAUCGUGAUCUCUUCGGGACGCUGCAAGCCUUUGAUCCCCUGGACCAGCAGAUGCCGCUUGCCCUCUCACUGCCAGCCAAGGUCCUCUUCUGUGCACUUGGCUACAAUCACCUUGGCCUAGUGGAUGAAUUUGGCCGAAUCUUUAUGCAGGGAAAUAAUAGAUAUGGACAGCUGGGGACAGGGGACAAAAUGGACCGAGGGGAACCCACUCAGGUCCAUUAUCUGCAGCGCCCCAUUGCCUUGUGGUGCGGCCUCAACCACUCGCUGGUGCUGAGUCAAGGCUCGGACUUCAGCAAGGAGCUGCUUGGCUGUGGCUGCGGUGCUGGUGGCCGCCUUCCUGGGUGGCCCAAGGGCAGUGCUUCCUUUGUCAAGCUCCAGGUCAAGGUGCCCUUCUGUGCCUGCGCCCUCUGCUCGAGCCGAGACUGCCUCUACUUGCUGUCUAGCCACGAUAUCGAACAACAUCCCACCUACCGUGACCUGCCAGCCAGCAGGGUGCUGGGAACUGCUGAGCCCAGUCUGGGUGCAGAAGCUACCCAGGACCCUGGGGGGACAGCACAGGCCUGUGAGGAAUAUCUCAGCCAGAUGCACAACUGCCCAACGCUGCAGGACCGCAUGGAAAAGAUGAAGGAGAUUGUGGGCUGGAUGCCGCUGAUGGCUGCGCAGAAGGAUUUCUUCUGGGAGGCCCUGGAGAUGCUGCAGAGGACGCCUGAUGGUGCAGGCCCCGAGCCUACGGCCCCCGAGAGCUGA